UGCUGUGAUGAGCAUCGAAUGCAACGCGAGAUUAGCGAGUGUGAGAGGAUCUGGUUCCGGAGGGAGCUUCUUGCGGAUGAAAAUGCAACCUUCACGAACUACGCCCUUUAGAUCCUUCACGAUCUGAUGACUGAUACCAUACCCUCUCAUCCUCGGAGUCCGAGAGUAGUUUUGUUCAUUUAAUCUGUAUUGGUCACGCUUCAGCGUCCUCUGAUCCUCACUACAAGACAAGUAGUCAUGGACUCCGAUCAGAAACAAAAGUGGAAUUGGAAGCGGGUUUCCUGAGAAAUUUGAAAAGACAAGUCACUCCAUGAAACUGUCGUAUCUUCAAUCAUCUUCACUGGUUGGGAAGUUCAAUUUGUCUUCUUUCUCUCUUCAUUUCAUUCCCACCCUUUUAAGCCCACUUCUCAUAAACAACGAAACAAUUCACGCUGGGUUGAGCUGAAAUGGACAUUCCCCAAUUAGCGACGUUUCUCUGUUUCACCUCGCAAGAGAAACUGAUGAACAUAGUCCAAGUGAGACAACCUCGGGAUCUCCGUUGCCGGAGCGGCAGUUUCGUGGACCCCAACGGUCUGACCCACCAAUUGUUCGAUGAAAUACCUAUCAGGGAUACAUUUGCCUGGAAUAAUCUCAUUCAAAUCCAUCUCUCAAAUGGAGAUUUCAACAGUGCAUUAUCAACGUACGAUCAAAUGCUACUCCGCGGAGUUCGUCCUGAUAGACAUACUCUUCCUCGCGUGGUUGCUGCUACACGUCUAUUGGGCGAUUUAUCCAUUGGUAGGCAGGUCCAUGGGCAAGCUCUGAAACUCGGAUUCUCCUCUGACCAGUACGCUAUUACUGCUUUGAUUGAGAUGUAUGGGCAUCUAGAUAGUGUGGAUAUGGCUAAGUUGAUCUUCGACAAGUCUCCUCACCGGAAUUUAGUGUCUUGGACGCUGCUUGCCAGAUUAUACAUUGAUCAGGGAAAACCAAGUUCGACCCUUGAUUUAUUCCAUCAGAUGGUGGACCUAGGGGUGCCUACUGAUCCAGUUGCCUUAGCAACAGCAACCAGUGCCUGCGGAUUGCUAAAAUCUCUGCAAAAAGGAAAACUAGUGCACGAGAUUGCCAGGAAAUGUGGAUUAGAGUUUGAUGUUUUAGUGAGUAAUUCGCUCGUGAAAAUGUAUAUAGAUUGCGACAGUUUAGAAGAUGCUCGGCUGAUGUUUGAUCAGAUGCCUUUUAAGGAUGUUAUAUCAUGGACUUUAAUGAUUCGUUCUCAUGUGAGGAUAGGAGGAUUCAACGAAGGUCUGAAAUUAUUUCGACAGAUGAACUUGAGUGGUUUGAAGCCUGAUCCACUCUCAGUUGCCAGCAUUCUCCCUGCUUGCGGGAGAAUCACUUCCCAUAAACACGGUAAAGAAAUCCAUGGCUAUUUGCUUAGAAACGGCAUUCAAUUAAACCUGAAGCUCAAGAAUGCACUCAUGGACAUGUAUGUGAAAUCAGGAGCUAUCGCAUGUGCUUCAAAUAUUUUUGUUGAACUGAAUGAAAAAGAUGUGAUUACAUGGACCGUGAUGAUAUUGGGCUAUAGCCUACACGGUCAAGGAAAGCUUGGAGUUGAUUUUUUCUGCCAGAUGGAGAAAAAUUCAAAGGCACGUCUAGAUGAUAUUACCUAUUCUGCUGUCCUUCAUGCAUGUAGCACCGCACGCUUGGUUGAGGAAGGGAAGUUUUACUUCAACCGCAUAAGGUCACCCACAGUGGCUCACUAUGCUCUAAUGGUUGCUCUGUUAGCACGAGCUGGGCUUUUUAAUGAGGCGAUGUCCUUUGUUAAGGAACGCGAUAUUGGAAAACAUGCCCAGGUACAGAGGAAAUUGCUAGAAGGAUGCAGGAUUCACCACCAACACACUCUAGGUAAGCAAGUGGUUGAACGACUUUGUGAUUUGGAACCUCUAAAUUCUGAAAAUUACGUUCUUCUUCUGAAUUGGUACGCUGGGAAUGCAAAGUGGCUCAUGGUAGAUAAAAUAAGGGAAACGAUCAGAGACAUGGGGUUGAAACCCAGAAAAGCCUAUUCUUGGAUCGUGUUCAGGAAUAAAGUUCAUGCCUUUGGAACAGGGGAUGUAUCGCAUCCAAGGUCAGCGAGAAUAUAUUCGGAAUUACAGCGUUUCAUGGAGGGAAUGAGAAUCCAAGGAGUUGAGCCUAUCUGGGAUUUCAAGCUUCAUGAUGUAGAUGAAGAGCGGGAGUGCAUUCAGAUUGGACACAGCGAACUAUUAGCAAUUUCGUUUGGGCUUAUCAGUUCACAAGCUGGACCUAUACGGGUUACAAAAAAUGUCACGGUUUGUCAUGGGUGCCACGAUUUUGUCAAGUUCAUUUCCAAGGCUACCAGAAGAGAAAUCAUUCUCAAGGACCCAAACCUCUUUCAUAAUUUUGAGGACGGAUUCUGUUCAUGUGAGGACUUUUGGUAAACUAUAGCAUUUUGAGCAUAAUUGCUUGGCCAAUAUUUUCUCCUGACUCUACCUAGUUGUCCUUAUUCGAUAAUUAAACAAAUGUUCCCCCCCCCAAAAAAAAAAAAUCAAUUAGCUUUAGCACAUUGCAUAUGUGAUCGGCUUAUGAAUUAUGAUAGCUUGAACUAAGAAUUUUAUUUUUAUUAUUUUUAAAAACAGUUGGAGAAAUUUAGCAUAUUUAUGCGAUCUUUGAGAGUUUAUUCCA